CAAAUCACUACGUAUACGCCAGGUGCGGUGGCAACGAUCAACACUAGCGCUCCGAAGACGCGGUGGCCUGCGCAGCUACGACCGGUUUUCGUCGAGCUAGUGGGUCAACUUACUGCGUAGGUAGUAGAAUUUCUUGCUUCUGAKUYCCAUGUUCGUUGUUCUGGCCAUCAUUGUCCAAAAUCAUGACGACUAUAAGUUUGAUUUUGAUCACCUCAAUCAUCGCUGUCGGUGCUAUCCCCGGGGAGGCAGUCAAUGUUAACUCUAAUACGGAUAUAUAUUAUAACGCUCGCAUUAACAAAUUGUCAGGAACACUAUCCUACCAAAAUUUGCAAACCAUGAUCGUUCCUAAUUACAAAGGUCUUGAUGUGUGGACAAUGAUGCAGUUACAGCCUAAACUUCACCCAUUGUCAGCAUUAUCGCCGACCAAGUCUACCAACACUCAGCCCAUUGCCAUCCAACAUGAAGCAGGUCGRAGAAGUCGACGUCAAUCCAUGUAUAAAAUAAGUGGUGAAGAUGGUGGGUCUAGUUCAAUUGUGCCCCUCACCAGUCCUAGUUCAUUGUUAAAUGUGAACAGGAAAGACGUAUACCCCAUGCAAAUAGAAGAUUGGAUAUUUCGACACCUUAAAUUCGAUAAAAUGAAUCAGAUCCAAAAGUCUACAUUGAAAAACAGACAUACACGCUCAGCAUCAAAUGCAGAAAUAUCAGAAGAUAAGAAUAUUACAUCGACAGCAAGCCCAAUGAUCCCUAAUGAUGAGCGUAAUAUGAGUGCUAUUAAAUGCUUAUUAUCUCUGUCAUUUCCUGUAUCCCUUCCAACACAAUGUAUACAAUUUUAUUUUAAAUCUUUUUUUUAAAMCAAUUCACUUAAAUUAAAAUUAA